AUGGUCCCCCGUCGUCGAUUCAGCCGUCGAUUCGCAGUCGUAGCCGCCGGAGCUGUCCUCCUCUUCCUAUGGCAUGUCUGGUCUUUACAAUCAGACUUGCAAGCUCCAUCAGGCAAUACAAAGACGAAGACGAGCUCCAGCAGCGGCACCAACCCCGAAUAUGUCGGCGAACCGGCCCCUAUAUGCCCACCCUUCCCCGGUAUCGAUGACGUAUUGGUCGUGAUGAAGACAGGUGUUACCGAAGCUCGCGACAAAGUCCCGAUUCACUUCCAGACGACCCUGCGCUGCAUCCCGCACUACGUGAUUUAUUCGGAUUUCGAAGAGGUUAUCGAGGGUGUGACGAUCCAUGAUGCGUUCCGCACGAUGGACCCUGAAGUCAUGGAGCGGGUCCCAGACUUCGAUAUCUAUAACCGGAUCGCCAGGUCCGGGCGCCAGGGUCUAGAGCAGAACGACUUCGCCGACGAAGAUAACUCCGCUAUUGGGAAACCAAAUAACCCCGGAUGGAAGCUUGAUAAGUGGAAGUUCUUGCCCAUGGCGCAAGAGGCGCUGCAGGCUAAGCCGGACGCGAAGUGGUUCGUCUUCAUGGAGGCUGAUACGUACGUCUCGUGGCCGACGCUGCUAGCCUGGCUAGCUAGGUUCAAUCCUAGCGACCCGCUCUACAUCGGUACAGAGACGCAGAUUGCAGACGUGAUCUUCGCCCACGGCGGUUCGGGCUUCAUUCUCUCCAACUCCGGGCUGACAGCCGCAUCAAACGAGUACGAAGCGCGCCGUGCUGAGUUAGACGAAUUCACAAAUGGACACUGGGCUGGCGACUGCGUUCUUGGAAAGGUGUUAGCUGAUGCGGGUGUGCAGCUACUCUACUCGUGGCCCAUACUUCAAAACUCCAAUAUUGGCGAGCUGGACGAGUUCGAUCAAUCACUCUACCGAAACCCGUGGUGCUAUGCCUCCGUCGCAUUCCACCACCUCAGCUCAACUGAGAUUCAAGACCUUUGGAAAUUCGAAAAAAAGCGAUGGCAUGAUAAAAACAAGCGCAUCCUCCUUCACAGCGACAUGUUCCGCGAAUUCAUCUUCCCGCAAAUCGCAGCACACCCUUCCCGACUCAACUGGGACAAUUUCUCCGAGCAAGAAGACCUGGUGGCAUCUACCUUCGAAGAGUGCGAAGCUCUCUGCGAAACCAAGCCGCUUUGCGUGCAAUACUCCUUCCGCGAUGGGAAGUGCUUUACCAAUGAUCGUCCUCGUCUCGGCGUAUCCCCCAAGCACGGCCAAUCUACGUCGGGGUGGUUGACAUCUCGUAUUCGAAAUAUCAUGGAUGAGAAAGGGCUGUGUCGGCAGUCUGAGUUUGGGCUGUAG